AUUUAUUUUUCAUUAAAUUUUAAUUUGUUUAAAUUUAGAAUACAACAAUAUGGUCAAUUAUUAUAGAAGGGUAAAAAAAUAUAGUAUAGUUUUAUUUAUGCCGGAGUAAUUUCUCCGAGUAAUACUGCAAAAAUUAGAACCAGGAAUUACAACAUUUUUCUAUUUCAUAAAUAUUUUAUGCAUACUAUGGGUUGGCAACUCUGAGGUGUGCAAAAACAGGUAUCUUUAGUCUUUUUGAGAGUGGGAAUACCAUGUGGGGCAUGUGAGGCUGCAGAUGCAUUGGUUGCAUUAAUGCUUGCAAGUUGCUGAAUCUAACAGGUGCUUUUCUGUUCAACAAGUUCACACUCGUCGAAACAAGUUAAAUAGCUUAGUAAAGUUAAACAUCAUUUUAUCCACGUGCAAAAAAAAAGAAUCAUCUGAAAUAUGGAGACUGUUGCAAUUGAUGCUGAAUGGGUUGAAACCUUCAAGACAAUUUCGAAAGAAGAAAUCAACUCACAAAUCGAAAUAAAUAAAUAUGAUGUAAGUGAUGAUGAUGAGGAGCAACAGAUUCGAGAACAGCGUAUAAAGCGCAUGAUGCGCAUGCAGCCACUAUUUGCAAGUCAACCAAGACUUGAAAUGAUUUGUAAAGAUUGGAGCAACGAUUUUGUUGAUUCAGGCUUUACAUCGUAUGCUUUUCGUAUGAUUGAAACCACUGAAUCAUUUAAAAAUAAAGAAGAUGAUUUAAAAUAUUUGAUUAAUCUCUGUGGAUAUAAUUUGACGGAGCUUCAGUUAUAUGAUUAUCCUUCUUCUCAAAUAAUGCCAUUGAUUAAAUCUAAAUGUUUUAAUCUGACGAAACUUGUAUUAAGAUUUAAACAAGUGGAAAGUAAAGAUUUUGAUAAUGUUUUUUCUAACAUGAGUCAACUUGAAACAUUAAAUAUUUAUUGGCAAUGUGAAAACGUAGCUUUACCAAUGACUUUGAUCAAGUCAUUAGAACAAGUUCCUGAAACCUUAAAAAUAUUGGGUAUUGUUUCUGAACCUGAAAGAUUUAGUGAUCCAGAAGACGUACCAGCUUCAUCGGUUACUUCUGUAUUAUCUCCAGAAACCGAAGCUUUAAUGACUGUCAUUAGUAAUAUGAAAAAUCUCGAAUCUGUAACAAUUAAAUUGGAUUAUGGUUUUACAGAUGAAUUUUUCAUAAAUCUUAUUAAUAAUUCUAAAAAUUUAAAACUUUUAAAUGUACGUGCUUCAAAUAUAACAGAUAAAGGUUUAAUUGCAGUUAAUAACUUACAUCAAUUAGAAUAUUUUGAUCUUGGUUUAAUUGAAACAGACUCAGAAAAUAAAUUCAUCACUGAUCAGUCAAUUCAAUGUUUGUUUAACAAAGAAAUGUCAUCAUUGGACAUAUCAAAUUGCACUCAAGUCACUAAUAGCUCAAUCAUUGAACUUGUUAAAAAUUUACCAAAUUUACAAUCUCUCCAUAUUAAAAAUACAAAAGCGACUAUUGAACUUGUCGAUGAAAUUGCUAAAUUAACAAAAGACCGUGAACUGAGUUUAAUCAUAUGGAUUUCUUUUAAAAUUAAUGAUGAUUACAUCUUUAAAAUAAACCCAAAAGUAAGAUUUGUUAGUGUAUUAAGCAAUUAA